AUGAAAAUUUUAACACUAUCGACGUUACUUUUAUGUUUAUUAGAAAAUGAACUCGCCACCGCUUUGAAAUUGCCGGGACCGCUUGUAUAUGUGGUAACACCAUCCCUGAGACCUUUGACGAUCGAUGAAGGACGAUCAGCACCUCAACCGUUUUACUACCACAACUGGAUGCGAAGAAUGGAUUUGCCCAUGAAUACGACAACCACCUCGACUACUACGCCUCGAGUGAAGACGCCUGAUUUAAUAUUCGCCGAAUUUGAAUCGGAUAAAAGGAAGAACAUCAGGAAAUUGCUGGAGAAAGAAAGGGUAAAUACAAUGACAUCAACGAUAACCAAACCAAAACACGUGCUAGAUGAAAUUAUGCACGAACAGCCUGAAAACUAUGGAUUACCAUCACCCACAACUGAAAGGGAAGAUAUGAAAACGAAUGUCACAAAUGUGACUGAUUAUUUUGCUUUGUAUAACAGUAUGUAUAACAGCGCAGAUAAUUUACCGUCUCCUGUGUAUGAGCCUUCUUCGACAUCGUCAACACAGAAACCGACGACGACACUUAACUCUGAAACGCCGACUCCCAUGAAUAAUGUGGGACACAUUUGGCACAUUAUCAAUAGUGAGAAACAUAAUCAAUAUAACGGUGGAUGGAACGAAGUACCUAUUAGUACGCACGAUCAAAAUGGAAAACAAGAGACGGUACCAGAAUAUAGCUAUCAGGAAACUCAGGAACAAAUAGAUGAGGACGACAAAGCUGACCAAAUAGACAACAAUUUUGCAUUACCCGGUUUCAGCAGUAAUUCUGUUAAAGGAGCAGAUAAUGAAUCUCGGGCUAUACGUACCGAAUCUAACAUCCGUUACCCAUACGUUAAUUUACAACCUUUCCAAAUGAAAAAUAUGAAUAAACCUCCAAUGAAUUCAAACGGUAAAAAAGGAAACAAUAUUUACACUAACUUGGAUAAUUUCUACGACUUAAAAAAUCCUGUAAGAGGUGAGGCUCAAGAUGUAGUGUAUUUGCGACAGCCAAUAGACAGAUAUAAUCCUGCUCAACCAUACUUACCAUCGCAAUACGGAAGUAAAUCUAAACAAUCGAGUGCGAGUUCAACGUCAAUUAAGACUGCAGCUAAUCUUGUACCACCUCCCCCUCCUCCUCCACCGCCUAAAGCCAGUGCUGAUGAUUUCCCAGCGCCAGUGAGCUACGACUCUUUUCCACCGUAUGCACCACCUGCACCUGAUGCUGAACGUCCUCCUAUUUCGAAACCAUCGAUAUCAAUAUCUCCAUCGGAACCUGAUGUAGAUGACGACUCAUUUUCCGAUCCUGGUGAGGUAGAUUUGGGAUAUCGAUACAAGCCCACAAUCGCAUCAUUACCAAAACCAUUCGGAGGUUACUCUUAUAAUAAACCGAUGACCGAUGAUACCCCUCCCUCAAUGGAAACCGACGAUCACUCAGAGUUUGGAGGAUAUCAUUACGAAAAACCUGCACCAUCAAAACCUGAUUUUGAAGGAUAUCAUUAUAGUAAACCAGAAGCAGCUGCUCUACCGACGUAUGAUCUUCCAGCUUUUGAUCACGGGUCUCAGUCGCAUGAGAACGAUUAUCCUGUAUUUAUUUUCGACAAACCUCACAGUGGAAAAGGAGGCGAUAAAGAAGCUAACGAUAUGAAAGAUGACGACAUAGGAAUGGUGCCACCGCCGCCUGCGCCAAAUAUGAUGAAACCUGGAAUUAAUGAUCCACCAAUGGACGAUAGUGGCUUCCCACAUGAUAUUCCCGGGGAUUUAAAAUUUUAUCAUGAUGACCACGAUUUUUACCAUCACCACCAUCCUAUAACUACGACUACAACGACAACAGAAAUGCCGCGUGUUAACAGAUACAGUUAUUACUAUUUAGGGAAAAAGUUGUAUUACUUACCACUGUACUUUAGUGUGUACUUCAUUGUAUACGUAGGAGCUCUUGUUAUCAAGGCUGUGUUACGACACAAGAUCGUAUACCCGAACAGCUAUAAGCCAAACUCGGACACUGCUAGCUACUUCUCUAAAAGAUCCGUAGGCUCAGAGGAGUUCUCUAAUAAGCGUCUUCAUGAAAUUACUAGCAAGGUAACACAUGCCAUUGCUACUGCAGCAGACCGGUAUAUUAAAAAUAAAGACAUGAAAGGUGAUUAA